UUCAUUUGAAAUAAAAAAACAAAUUUUCGGAGGGACUUUUUCGACUGUUUCGUGCCGGUUGUAUUUAAAACCAGUAAAAUAUUCUAUAUGUAAUUCAUUCGGUAAACCAAAAGUUUCUGUAAACCUUCAAAUAUUAGUACGUUGCAAUGCCACGAACGAGUUUGCUCCAAUCACAACCAUCCGGUUCCAGACAUACCGACAGCACCAGAAAUGGAUCGCUGCAGGAGCAGCGUCAUAUUUCAGCUAGCCAGCCCAAUGCUGGUGGAAAUGAUGCCGACCAGGAUAAACUGGUCAUCAACAUGGUCAAGGUGCUGCUGAAUCUCUCCGUCAACAAACAGCUAAUUAAAAAAUCAGAUCUCACCAAAAUCGCGCUCGAUGGAAACUUUCGAAUGUUUCCGAAGAUCAUCGGACAGGUGGUUAGCGAAUUGAAAGAUGUAUACGGCUACAAACUGAUUGAAACAGAGCGCAACAAAACAUUUAUAUUGGUUUCCAACAUACCGUGUGGCUCACUGUUGGAUCUCAAUGAAGAUUACCGUAGGAAGUACACGUUACUUUAUAUGAUACUUGGUUACAUCUUCAUGAAGAAUGGAAACGUUCCGGAACAGGGCGUUUGGGAUUUUCUUGGCAAAUUAAACAUAUUCGAGAACGAGGAACACCAGUAUUUCGGAAAUGUUCGACGACUGGUAAACGAAACAUUUACCAAGCAGGCCUAUCUGGUGCGGACAAAACAGGUCGUUGAGGGCAUGAACGAUGAUCGGUACUUCCUGAGCUGGGGUGUUCGGGCAAACCAUGAGCUCAACAAGCGGGACAUCCUCGAAUCGAUCUGUAAGUUAAUGGGUAAACCAUCGGUCUGUUUCAUUAGCCAACAUACGGCCGCGUACGGGUUGCACGACGGAGAUGAUGAGGACAAUGAUUCUAUGGAAGCUAGCCAGGUUUAAAAAAGACCAGGGGUUAGGCAUUUAGUUACAUUUUUAAGCUUAGAGACUGAGUUAGUAUUUGUCGUGACUUAAAUCAGUGGUGGACCGUCGUGUUGAUUUUCAUUAAAUGUGAUCGAAGAAUUUCGUUGAUGAUUGCUAUGCGUAA